AUGCGUGUCUCCCUACCCACUAUCCUUUCCUCCGUGCUCUGCACUGUUUUGGUUUCAUCUCAGGAGAUCAACCCCAAUCUCGACACGUACACCACAAAAUGCGUCAAAAAUUAUGGUAUUCCACCGCCCGGAGCCGAAAGUAUUCCCGGCUCUUUCUCCAAUACUGACUGUGCGAAUGACGCCGGGGCACGGGGCGCCGUGGAGGUUGCUGUAAACAAACUCAAGAUUGAUUUUGUUUACGGUGUCACUCGGCAGGUUGUGGCUGGUACCAACUAUGUCGUCUUUGUUGUGAGUAAUGGCCCCUAUGUACGUGAGCAGGGCAUCCCGGCGAUGCUGAUAUAG